AGCGAGUGAACACUUACUCUCCGGCGAUGUUAUGGGCCGACAGAUCCAACCGUUUGAGGCACACAUUCCGUACACACUUCAGUUCUUCAUCGACCAUAACUUAUAUGGUAUGAACUUUUUGGACGCCAAACGUGUAGUCUAUAGGCAAACAGAUUCAAUGCCCGAUUGUGUCAACUAUUCAGACAUAGAGCCCAUGAGUUCGUGUCAAUUAGAAUGUGAUAUUGAUUUGAAUGACAUUAUGAACAAAGACGUGGUGUUGGAUAACAAUCAACGCAUCCCUGGUUUGGAGUCCAUUUGGAGGGAAGCGUUGAAUCGCUGCAAAGACUCCACAGAAGCCCAAACCCUAAAGGGAUUGCCCUCUCAGGAGAGGACAGGGGUUACUGUCACCGAACGUGAGACCAAACUCUUGCAGAAGCUGUUCGACGGUUUGGCCAAAUUGGACAUCAAAACCGAUGAUAACUGUGACUCUAUUGGCGAAACACAAUUCGCAGAAAUGAUCGUCAAUUGCAUUGAUAAUAAUACUGAAGACUCAUUAAACCAAAUCAAUGACACCAUCGAUGAAGUCAUCAACAAUUCACAGACACUUGCCAUCAAUCAUACCAUUGAAGACGUCAUACGUAACUCUCAGAACGAGAUAAUUAGUCAAACCAUUGAAAGUGUUGUCAAAGAAUCGGCGAAACAGUCAAAGUGUAGAAAACAGAAGCGAAAGACAGCGUCCAAAGGCGGUGCGUCCAGAAGGCGACUCAUUCUUCUUAGUUCCGGCAGUAGUGCUGACAAUAACGACGGCCAGAGUUCAGACGUGAGCACUGAAUUAGAGGACACAGAAUAUGACCGGAAUGUUGUCUUUACCGACGCCUGCACUCAGACAGAGACGGGCGACGAAGAUAUGAUGGACGAUGCGAUGGAUGGACUGUUUGACGACACGGAACAGCAGCUGCCGGCCGAAGAAGUGGUGUGCGAUUGCGAUUCGGACGAGUGUUGUGACCAGUGCUGCGACCGUCAGUCGGAUCAAUGCGAAUGCGAUUGUGAGAAAUGCGAAUACGAAAAGGUCGCACGUAUUCCCCAAUUGGACGGCGCUUUCGACUCGGAUGACGAAAGCGGUUCCGACUUUAAGCCAAACCGUAAGGACGAGAGCGACGACGAGUCUGACUACGAGGCGGCGCCGAAGAGGGGCCGCAAGAAGCCGACGCCCAAAAAGCGGACGCAUAGCUCGCGUUCAAAACCGGCGCCCAAAAGGAAUAAGACAUCAAUCACGCGGGCGUCAGACGAUUCGGACGCCGAUGAGGUCGACACGUAUAACACGUCCCGAUCGUCACGCCGUAAACCGGCCGCACGUCAGUCGCGCCAAUCGCCA